AUGUCUCUGGCCGGCCAGACUAUGCCCGUCAGGGAGUCGGUACAUUCCAGCCGGGAACAGGUGGCUACCGAACAGAAGGAUCAGCAACAGUCGCAAAGGUCGUCUUAUAGAGAUUCGCUCCCGAACGCUCCUCGACCUCCCGUUUACAACGAAGACGCCUACAACGAGAACGAUAACGACAAGAUGUACCGCGAAUAUUACGACGACAUGUCGGCCACUUCUCCCAAGAAGGGCCAGCCUCAACAAUCAGCUCCCGCCCUGCCUGCCAAGAGCUCACUACGAGCCUCGAGACUACUCGACGGUAUGGCUCUCAAGAUCAUUACCAACCAACCCACAACCACCCAGGCACCUCAAGAGGUCUACCUCUCUUCCGAAGAGGAGGCCUCGUCUUCUGCCGACGAGUUCUCAGACUACGGCUACGACUCCGAUACCGAAGAGUCUGCCGACUCUCCUGUGAGGAGGAAGAGCCACGAGGAUACCGCUCGUGUCGUCUCUGUUGUGUACGCCGGCAAGCCUUCCAUUGUCGACCUGCCUUCCACCAGAAGAUCGGCCUCUCCCGAGUCCAUGGAGUCCCGUCCUCCCAGCAGACCCUGCAGCCGCUUGGCUACUUCCGCCACAGCACCUUCAUUACGAAGGAUGUCCACCUCCACCAGCGCCUCUUCUUUCUCUCCCAUUUUGCACCCUCCCCGAUCCAGCAGCAUGAUGAUCACUAGCAGCAUGCUGCCCAAGGAGCGCCCUUCUUUCCUUAACAUCGACCCGUGCCCCACACCGACCUACGAGGAGCGGACCGUCGAGGAGGAUCAGCGCCCUGUUGAGGUUGAACGUCCCGAGAGGCCAAAGACGCCGACUUCUGCUCUCUUCAGGCGGACGCUGAGCAUUGUCCGAAAGCGCAGCCGCCCCCAGCUUAGAGACCUAGCCGCCGCCAACUCUUCGCGCGACCAACUGUCCUCCCCGUCGAUGCAGAACCUUCCUCUAAGUGCCAACUCGGACAUUACCUACAUUAAGGAGGAGCCCGAACAGGCGACGAAGACUCCCAACAGCCCUUGGGCUGCCGUCAGCUACCAUGAGAUCAUGCGGGCGGCCAAGAAGAACUCCCAAACCGCACAACCUCCUACCCCUUCGACCCCCAGUGUUGCAUCUCCCGUGUCCCCCGCACCCGGCAACACGAGGAAUCGCAUUCUGAGCGGCCUGAGAGACAGGAGGAAGAGCAUCAAGAUCGGCUAG